GGGGUGGGCCUUUGUGCUCUGUCGACCCUCGCCAGUCCCUUCAGACGUUCUUGUUUCACAGGUCACCUGUCCAACCCUGUAAAACAUGGCACCCAAGAAGAUAGAACCAAAAAAACUCGAGCCCAAAAAGCCAGAGCCCAAGGCCUCCCUGGCCUCUAAGUUGGCUCCAACUCCCGAGCUGAUACCGGAGCGUCCCAAGGAACCAGACUUUGAUCCCAAGAGCAUUACCAUUGAAUUCACCGCCGAUCAAAUCGAGGACUUCAAGGAGGCCUUCGCCUUGUUCGACCGAACGCCAAAGGGUGAGAUGAAGAUCACGUAUGCCCAGUGCGGGGACGUGAUGCGGGCACUCGGCCACAACCCGACCAACGCCGAUGUGCUCAAGGUGCUUGGGAAGCCGCGGCCGGAGGAGAUGAGCUCCAAGUUGGUGGACUUUGAGACCUUCUUGCCUAUGAUGCAACACAUUUCCCGUGUCAAAGACCAAGGCAACUUCGAAGACUUCGUAGAGGGCCUGCGAGUGUUCGACAAGGAGGGCAACGGCACCAUCAUGGGCGCCGAGCUGCGUCACGUCCUGGCGACGCUCGGGGAGAGGAUGACGGAAGACGAAGUGGACAGACUCAUGGCCGGACAGGAGGACGCCAACGGAUGCAUCAACUACACUUCCUUUGUGAAGCAUAUUCUCUCCGGAUGAACGCUGAACUUUUACCAAUUCCCGUCACCAUGGACUGGUAUUUUAACAUUCGUGCUCACCAGCCACGAGACCCGCACUGUCUUCCUUUUGGGAAAUGUGUAAUGAAAUGCCAAUGAGAUACCCCGGACAUCCAUUUAAUAAAGGGAAUUUUAUCACAAA